AUGAAGCCAGGGCCUAAAAUCGGAUCCUCGCAAAAGCGGAGAAAGUGCCGACCAUUGAAUGAGACUACGCAGAGUCGAUGGAUUAGCUCUUCUAGUCUAUCCAAAGGUCCUGGCACCGAUCCACGGAAUGGCGAUUUCGACAGUUUGGACGGUGGACUGGAGAAAGAAGAAUUGGUCCACGCGGCCCCUGCCGAUCCUACAGAGACACCAUCUGGUGAAGAACAACAAGCCUCGCAGUUGAAUACGCUUGAUCUCGCCUUCAUCUUACAUCCAUCACACGAAGUCACAACUCCAGAUGAGACACAAAAGGAGAGCCCGAACUCUCAGGAUGGUGGUCACACAGGUCUUUACCGCCAAGCUUGCAAACUGUUAGGCGUCUCACAGGCUGCCGUGAAUCAAAUUAUUCGGAUCUUUUUCGAAAACAUGGUGGCCAUCAAUAUCUUUCAUGAGCCUUCAUUUGCAGAAAAGCUUUCGAAUAUCUCCUCACUUUCUCAGCUGACUGCCAUUCUGGCGGCCAUAGCUGCUUAUGCCUCACGAUUUGAUGCUCCGAAACCCACUGACAUAGCCAGGGACACAGCCCAGCCCACAACAACAAGUCACCAACAGCCAGCAUACUUCAUUGACCUUGCCUUCGAGUACAUAAACAAGGCGCUCGUGGAAUGUGAUGAUGAGAUGCCGCCGCUUUGCGUUUUGCAGGCUCUUAUUGUUGCAACGCAUUGUCGACUGUCCCAGGGGGUUCGCGGAAAGGCGUGGAGAUCUCUGGGACUUUGUGUCAGUUUGAUAUACGAAACAAAUCUGCAUCUUCUUGAUUCCCGAACGGCCUUGAAUACGAAAAAUAUUCACCAGUGGCAAGAUGAUGAAGAAAAGCGUCGUGCUUUCUGGGCCAUCUGGGAAAUGGAUGUUUUUGCGAGUACCAUCCGUCGGACGCCAACCGCCAUUGACUGGAAUCGGAUGGAAAUAUUGCUUCCAGUUGACAAUACCCAAUGGUUCUCGGGCCAACCUACUUCGAGCUGCUUUAUGGAGCGUGAUCCAAACCAACGUUGGAAGACGUUGCAGGACAGUGGCAGCCAGUCACCGAAAGCGUGGUUCCUUGUCAUCAACUCUCUUAUGAAGGACGCCCAAAUUGUGUGUGAUCCGCAGGAGGUGCUGGGUGGUCGACAUUAUUACCAGCCAAAUCCAAACCAGCAGCUACCCACCGCCGAAUCAGCCGUGGAGGCUCGCCAAAAAUUGGAGACGUUGGCAAACGCAGUACGCUGCUUCAGUUUGGCUUUACCCGGUCAGAUCCAUUAUCGCGACCAGUACUUGGCCUUUGGGACGCCAGUACAGGGGGAGGUGGAAUCUCAACGACAGCAGCAUUGCUCCAUCUACAAUAUUUUCGUCAUGACCCAGCUAGCUCGGUUGAUGAUCUACAGAUAUGAUGCAUUCAGAUCUCAGAGUCGUCAGUCUGAAGUCAAUGGCCAUCAACGUUCCGGAGAUGCAACUGGUCGCGGGACUUUUAGUCCACAUGGUGUGGGUGGGGCGCUACAACAAUACUACGAGGCAGCGGAUGGCAUCUUAAGGAUAGUGAAUCGGAGCUGUGAGGAGCAUAUCUGGCAUAUUAACCCAUUCCUGUCCAGCACUAUUUGGCUUGCUUCGGCAGUGCAGCUAGUUCGCAAACAUUUCGCUCGAUUACCUUCCAAUCGAAACCUGAUCAAGUCACGGUUCGACGUUCUCUACUUGACCUACAAGCGAUGCAUUCAUUUCUGGGACACUCAAACCGCCCUCCAAAGGAACCUCGAGUCAAUCGUGGAGCAACUGGAAGCUAAGCAUAAUGAUCCAGAUGCUGGAGAUUGGCCGCACUUUCAAGAAACGCCAAAGCGAGCGUUGGAAGACAAUGCAGGGAUCAGCCAUUCCUCUUCGGAUCGCAAUAUUGAGCAUAUCAGGCCCCGCGCGAAGAGACCAGGGAAAACUCGACAAAAACCAUCACAUCCCAAGAAGGAAGGCCAUUUCCCUCAGCCUCCAAGUACAGGAAAGCUCAAAGUGAUAUCCCCCGCUCAAUACCUCUCGGAUGCACCAAUUGUCCCUCUUGACAACCCAGCCUUAAUUCAUGACGGACCAGACAUGACAGCUCAAAGCUACACGCAACGACAGCCAGCAACAGCAGGUAGCAUGGCCACGCUAGACUUUAUGUCUCUUCAACAACCUGAUAGGAACCAGACUUCGGAAGACUGCGUGAUGCAUACGGACUCUAAUACCCUAAAUUCAAUAUAUUUGAGUGAUAUUCAGCACAAUCAGGCCCUGGACUCGCUCAGCUUCGACUUUCCUAAUGGAAUAUAUGAUUUACUUGCCGGGUGGACUUCGUACUAA